UUUCAGGUUGGCUGCUUCCUUGGCUUCCUUAGUAAAAGGGGAGGUAUAAGGCAAAUACUUGAUAGAAAAUGGAAUGGAAGUUUGAACUGGAAAUAGCUAAAUAGGAGAACUUGACCUUUACUCGGGACACAGAAAGUCAACCAGCUGAUGACUCCAAACUAGCUGCCAUUUUCAGGUCAUUCGAGGCAUCUCGCUAAAUUGUGUGUUGCUCCUGCAAGUUGUAUGAGUAAGCCUGCUUUAUUCGCCUAUUAAUUCCCAUCUGGAAUGGACGAACGCUUUGUCCUGUGCUGUCUAGUGGUGGAAUAUAAAUCAUGAUGGCUGAUGGCUGUUGCAAAGGAAUGGAAAGAGGCAGGGGUAAGAUUGCAUCAGACUCUUUACCAAGACAUGCAUUUCCUCAGCAAUAUGUUCAGACCUGGUCACAGCAGCAAGGAAAUGACAUCCAGGAAUUAGCUUCCAAACGCGUCGACAUCCAGAAGAAACGCUUCUAUCUGGAUGUCAAGCAGAGUGUACGCGGCCGUUUCCUCAAAAUAGCAGAGGUGUGGAUAGGAAGGGGCCGUCAUGAUAACAUCAGAAAGAGCAAGCUGACGUUGUCUAUGUCGAUGGCUCCCGCUCUACGCUACUGUCUGGGAGACUUUAUAGAUUAUUACGCCCGCAUUGGACUGCGGGGAGGGCUGGCGCCUCCGCAGGUCGACGAGCACAGUAACAAUGGUCAGGGCCGCGGGAAUGACUCCCGCAAAAGAGCGCAGGAGCAGCACACGACCCUGUCUCCCACCGGCUCGGCCGUGUCCGACGAUCACGCACACCGUGUCCUCAAGAGCGAAUUUAUUGAGAGAGACAACAGAAAGUACUUUCUGGACCUAAAAGAGAACCAGAGAGGUAGGUUCCUCCGCAUACGACAGACUGUGAGCAAAGGACACGGCACAAUGGGCUACUAUGGCCAGGGCAUCGAACAGACCAUAGUGCUACCCGCACAGGGGCUUAUUGAGUUUAGAGACGCUCUGUCACAGCUCAUUGAAGACUACGGGGACGAAGAGAGCGACGACCGCGGCCGAGCAGGGUCCAGGAAUCGCAACGAUAAUCCCGAGCUUCCAGAGGCUGCAUCUUUCCGAGUGGACAACAAAAGGUUUUACUUUGACGUGGGUUCAAACCGGUACGGCAUCUUUUUAAAAAUUAGUGAAGUGCGCCAGCCGUAUAGAAACACCAUCACAGUUCCCCUGAAAGCCUGGGCCAGAUUUGGAGAGAAUUUCAUCAGGUAUGAGGAGGAGAUGCGACGAAUCUUUUCUUGUCAUAAAGAGAAGAGGACAGACGGCCGGCAGGACAGUGAGGAGCAGGAGGACUGACCUUCACGGUACUUUUGCAUGUAGCCUAGAUUAGGGAUUCAGUUAAUGAUGAACAUUUUUUGUCCAGAUGUGAUAGUAACAUGACGUACUGUAUGUGCCCCUACCAUAUUACCCAGAUGCCAUGUACUUCAUGAACUUUUCAGUUUAUUUGCCAAGGGCUGGUAAACUCCAAACUUUAACAUGCCAAGAAGUCAGUCGUCCUCUCCUCAGUGCUGUUUGAUGCAUUUCAGUGCCAUCCCCGGACUCCCCCCCCCCACCACACACAUACGUAGCUUGUCAUUUCAGGGGUGCACUGUACAAUAACGUAAACUUUAACUAUAAGUUAAGGUGACACUAUUGGUAUCUUUUAAUAUUUUGCCCCCAAAGCAAUAUGGUUAACAGUUUUAUAAGACACAACUGUGCAGAAAGUCUGUCACCUUAGAUGAACUGCCAUAAUGUGUUCAGCAGAGUUUGGUUUUUGUGAAAAGUACAAUGUAAGAAAUGAUACAAAAGAAAAAUAUUACUCUUUAUUAAUGAAGAGAAUACCUCAUAUAUUGCACAUGAUUGGUUGCUGGGCCUCCAGCUAGCAAAUAAACCCCAAGCUUGAACUUAAUGUGCAAUACACAUGAGCAGCAUUAUCGAACACCUGCAACCCAACUGGACAAAUGGAGAAGAAGUUCAAUUACAGGAAUCAGGAUGGAUGUUAGGUUUCUUUUAAUUGCUACUUUUGUUGAAUAACAAACGGUGGCUCUGGGAAAUGAGUGUUGUAAUAGAGGAAUGCUGCUUAGACUUGAAAAGAAAAGAAAACACACACACACACACACACACACACACACACACACACACACACACACACACACACACACACACACACACACACACACACACACAUUGCGACAUUCAUCAUAUACUGCUGGUGUGUGCUGCCUUUUCAGUGGUCCAGUUAGUACCUUUACUGGAAGUUUGUCAUUCAUUUUAACAGUUUCAGUUUAUGUUGCCACAUGUGAGACACAGAAGAUGUUGCUUUGCACAUCAAUGAUAAUGCUGGCAAAAAUGAACUCAAACGCUUUCAUUUUAGUGACACAGCUCGUUCUGCAGUGCAGUGCUUUAGGCCAAUCAAAUAUGUGCAAAUGACCGGACUAGAAUACCCUGCAAUGUGUUAAAUGUAGCACUGUGCUGAUUUGCUGCUUACCUCGCCAGCAUCACAAUGAGGGGAGACAUGUUGUGCUGUAGAAGCCUGCUUUAAACAAGUGCAAGGACACUACGUGAUGGCCUGGUUUGUGAUAAGCCUCCACACUGGAGUCAGUAUGUAUUCAUUCACAAAAGUAGGAGAGGCAAAAGGAUUUAAAAAAACUUUAUAGGUACUGCAGUCUAGCGCCAGUGAUUCUAUCCAACACAAGCACUUUGUCUACAUACACAAGAGUGUUUGUCUUGUGCAGAUGAUAUUUGUCUUAGUCAGCUAAUUCAGAUUCAUACACUAUAAUUUUAGUUGAUUACUAGCUUUGAAACUUAAACAGUUGAAAAAGAACUGGCUUGUAGAAUUGCUGACUGAAUAGGUCACUUUAUGAAUAAAUAUAUUUACUGUAAGAGCACUUGGAGUGGUAAAUAAAACUAGAAAAUAGCUAUAUAAAUGCAGGUCCAUUCACCAAUCCAAAAAUACAGCUUGAACAGAAGAAUUAAGACACACAGAUCUCGAAAGAGUAAUUGUGUCACAGGAGUUACAGUAUUUAUACUAUAUCCUAAUUAUACCCUAAUACUCAAAUUUACACACUAUGUUGUCAGAAGGAAAGGUAUUUUACAUGUGUUCUGCUGAACACAAGAUGGUCAGAUGCUCUGUUUAGUGGCUGCUCCUUCAGUGCCUGCACUGCUAUACAUAAAGCAUUUGACAGAGCCUGAAGUCAUACACAGCCACGAAAAAAUAGACGUGAAGUGAGAAAAGAUGCCCCAGGGUGCACGACUGCUGCGAGUGUUGCUGUUUUUUUCACAUGAAUUUGAAGCAUACAGCACUGAUGGUAGAUAAGCACUAAACUCAGAGAGACGAGGUCUCCUGGAUGAACAUGCCUCUCUUAUAACCAAGCCGUUUCUACUAAUUAUAAACACUUUGGAAAAAAGAAUCACUCCUUCUUAUUUUCAGUAUUUAUUUGUAGUACGAGGAGGUAAAAUGUUAUUUAGGUAAUCUGUUUCUGUCAUCUCAGGAGUCCUGUGAUUUAUCUUGCAGGACCUCAGUGUACUGAUUUCCAGUUUAGGAACUACUGGUAUAAAUGUUCCCAAUGCUAGCUGAAUAGUUUUGACUUUAAUUUUUUUGCAGCUGUGCAAAAUAAAGAGCAUUUUAUGCUAUUUUAAUAAACGCCCCUAAAAAAUCUUUACACAGGAAAAAAAAGUAAUAAAAUCAAACAUAAAAGUUUGUCCCUUAUGUGAUACCUUAGGUACUGUGCUGCUUAAUGUUUUAUUUUUUACAUUAUGUGGUGCUAUGGAAAUGUUUUGACACAUUUUUUUGUGAGGUUGUUGUUACCCAGUUUUCAGUAUUACAGCUCAGGUCUGUAUUUUUUAGCAUGAUGUAAAAAGAUUAAGGUCAAGGUACAAACUGGGUUUAUUACCUUCACGUCAGCAAACACCUCCGUACUUACUGGUAAAAUGGGAGUGUUGGCAUAGAAAGGGCUCAACAUCCAGCUCAAAUGGGUCUAUAAACCAUCUUUAUACCAUUAUGCUUGUUUCUGCAGAACCGUGUAGUUUACCUUUCCAGCAAGUGAUGAAGUUGUGUGAAAGUGUAAAUGUCUUGUGCGUUCUUUUUGACUUUGAGUCCUUAAAAUCCAUCCAAGUGCUGCUACUUCAUUUAAGCUCGGAUGGCAUUUCGCUGUACAUUUAGCUACGUUUGUACUCUGUGACCAGUGUAAAAGCAGAGCUGGUCACGCUGACCAAGAGCCCAAGCCAGACUUUGACUUAAGCAUCAUACAACUGCAUUUAUUGUUGUGCUGCUCAAACCUUUGAUUCAGUGUAAGGCGACAACCUGGAUUCCACUUCAGUGAAAUGAUUUCAGUUUUGAUUUACAGAAACUCAGUAGACCCUCCAAUAAAACUGAUUUAUGUGUAGUACACAAAAUACAGUAUGUAAAUAAUAGCUGUGGUGAGAGCAAGACAUAGAUCAACCUCUGUGUCUGUUUUUAAAAAAAGCUGAAAGAUACCUUUAAAAACAUAAACUCCAUCCAUCCAUCCAUCCAUCCAUCCAUCCAUCUUCUUCCUCCAUCCAAGUCAGGGUUCGGGGGGGCGACAACCAGAGAGAGAGAGACAGGCAACCAUUCACACCUGCGGGCAAUUUAGAAUCACCCCACUAACCCCACCUAACUGCAAGAAUAAACUCAACAAGUUGAAUAGAAUCAGUUAGUACUUGCUAAUCUUUAUGUGAAUUAUUUAAUUGAAGUAGCUUUUGUUCGCUUAUAGUACCACUGAAAACUGAUUCAUUAUUUUACUGUGAGUGAAAAUAUAAUUUCUGUUAUAAUUUCUAACAGGAGCAAAUUAGAAGGGCAGCUUUAUAAGAAAAGUAGUUGACGUUACAGUUGAGGUACAUCCUUUGAGAUUAGAUAGUAUUCAUGAAGUACAGGUCCUAAUAAUCUAAAUUACUUUGACUCUUGAUGUAUUGGUGGAAAUUUUUUCGCUGAAGUGUGCAACUUUUGAAAUUAUCAUGAAGGAAGUCGGACUUCCCAGCAGCUGCUGAUGCAGAUGUGGGGAGGUUGAGGGCAUAUCUAAACGGGAACAAGUUAAAGAUACAUAUGUGAUACGUCACAUGUCUGAUUUGGGCUCUUUGUCUCAGUGCAGCUGUCAUCUCUGUUCAGUGGAUUUGAGAUUUAAUGAAACAAGGAGGGGGCAAAAAAAGCAAAACAUGUUUAAAAAUGAUUUAAAAAAGAGUGUUAACAUUUUUGUAGUUUUAGUAGCCGAUUCUUGUAAUGCCUUUAGUGCUUGAAAAGCACAGGACUAGUUGGGUUUGGUGUGUGUUGUACAGUCUGGUGAAGAGUGUGAGUUGUUUUAUUUUCCUACAAAUGGCAAAAUAUAUAUUAACUGGGUACAAUUCAAAGCACAGUUUAUUUUGAAAAUUAAUUGAAAUGAAAAGAUUUAAUUAACUUAUUACAGUAAAGCAUUGAUUGUCACUGAAUUAGGCAAAUUUUCUCAUCAUCAAUGACUUUAUGUUGAAGGUGGAAUGUGACAUCCUUUAAAGUUAUAGUGGAUAUUUCUUUCAUAAAUUCCAAAAUGAAUAGCACUUUAAAUAAAAGCUGCACUUUCGUUCUGCUGCUUUGUAAUCAGUUGACAUAGAGGGACCAUUUCUAGCUAUGCCUUUGGUGUAAAGUGACAAUCAUGGUUCCCUGUUAAAGAAUCUGAUGAGCUGUGCUUAAAAAUUCCCAUCAGUGUCUGUGUUGGUGUUUGACAGCUUCUUAUUGAGGAGACACUCUGGAGUUUUACAUCUGUAUGUGUAUAUUCAUGCUACCGCCAUAUAACAGUCACCAUAUGUACUGAGACUCUAGAGUCUCACAGAAUCAUGUGAAAUUAAAUGGUCAUGUCAACAUAAUUCUAUUAUGUUGACAUGAACAGUGUGACGAUAACUGUACUUGAACAGAAAACUACUGGUUAAAAAAGAAUGUCAAGUAUUGUUAUAAUUGUUAUUUUGAAUGACAAUUGACACAUCAAAAUAUUUCAGUGGUAUCCUUUUGUCGGGGCACUGAGUCACUUGAAAAGUGAAAAACCUUUUUUAAAUUUUACACCUGUGUUGAAUUAUGCUACAGUCUGGUUUAAACUAGGCUGUAGCAUGAGUAAUGUGCACGGGGUGCGCUGUAGAGCUUCUCUAUAGCAUAGUUUAUUCUGUUAUUAUUCUAAUUGCAUUAGAAUCACUAACAUGGUGAUGAAAAAGAAUGAAGUAAAUUUGGCAACUUUUGCAGUUAACAUCUGUCAGACAACCUUAUUCACCCCAUCAGCUUUCAGCUCAUUUAUGCAUAAAACAAACAUGAAAAUCUACUAAAACAGCAAAGAUAUGUGUGAAACAGACAUAAUUAGCAUUAAAGACUAGAUAGAUCUAGAAAGUGAUUGGCUUUUAGUUUUGUUUUAUAGUUGAUAAUUACUCUUUUUUUAAUUUUUCCUAGAAUUGGUUCCAGAGGACAUAGUUCAUAGGUACAUUAUUUAUAAAUGAUUAAAGUACAGUAAAUAAACUGUUUAACAGGCGGAUAUGAGAGGUUAUAGAUUCCUGACAUUCCUCACAGAAAAUAGCUGCUGUGGUCAGCUUGUCUUCAGUGACAGUGGGGGCCAGAUUUAAUAGUUUUUAUGUUUUUAAUCUUCUAUGUUAAGUAUAUUGAGUUUACAUGUAAUGAAAUGUGCUAUAUAAAAAAAAAUUGCCAUCGAUAGAGUGAAAAAUGGAAAAAAAACAAAAACGAUUAUUUCAGUGCAACUGAACUUGGCUUCUUUAAUGUGUAAUAAUGCAGUGUAUCCAACAUUUGAGACACAAAUAAAAAGCAAAGGAAACAAAAAAGGUCCAACUUUGUUCACAAACUUUCACUUCUUGAGUCCAGUUUGACAGCUAGCUGAGGAAGACCAUGACACUACGUGACAACUCGAUACAUUAAAUUAGCGUGAUUCUUUUUGUGUGUUUCCAAGGUUAAGAGUGAGAUUUUCUUGUCCAAAUUAUGUGUUGUCAGUCUUGCCCUGAAUACGAUGUUUUCAUUAUAACACGUUAUGCUUUUGUCAGAACCACAGUCUGAAGUAUGAAAGCACAAGAAGCAUCUUAUGCAGCUGUAUUUGACCACUUUGAGUACAAAAGCACUACAUAUGUACAAGUCUGUUUAUCAUUUACCACAUGUGCUCUUCAUUGUCAGGCAGGUGUCAUCCCAUAGAAAAUCAGUCAAAACUGAAAAAAAAAUGACACACUCAGAAUAAGCUGAUCUUUAUGUUUUUUUUUUUUUUAAAUGAAACUACUUUCAUACUAUGAAUAUUCUCAAAGGUAUAAUCUGUUUAAGUACAUGGGUUGGGUCCAGUACUUUUAAUUAGCAGUUUUUUUUUUCCCAUAAUGUUUGAGCCCACAUAACUUCACAAGUACAGCACAAGAAAUGUUCAUUUAGGCUCUGGUAAAAACUGUGGCUUAAUUCAAUUCAGUUUUAUUUAUAUCACAACAAACAGUCGCCUCAAGGCUCUUUAUAUUGUAGGUAAAGACGCUACAAUAAUGCAGAAAAAACCCAACAGU